CUUCCUUCCAAAUUCCACUCCUUAAUGAUCUCUCUCACAUUCCUUCCAAAUGCCACUCUUUCAUUCUCUCCUUCCUUCGAAAUUCCACACCUUCAUGAUCUCUCUCACAUUCCUUCCAAAUACCACUCCUUCAUUCUCCUUCUCCUUCCUUCCUCCAGGAUAAUUCUCUUCCUACAGCAUCCAGGACGAACUGGGAAGCUGUGACCCAGAUGGAUGAUGCUCCGUCGCUGUUGGCCCCAGUGGUGACUGGUGUUCCUCUGACAGCAGCAGCGUUGGACCAGACCAUAGCAGCCUUCAACACAGUGGAGCAGCUCCUCCGCCACCUCAACCCUGACAGCUGGAGACAGGACCUGGACAGCUUGUACAGAGAGACAGCAAUGUACAGACCCCGGGCCUACCAGCACAACAGACAGAACAAGAUUGACCUGGACCGUCUGUAUGAUGAUGUGAAGCACUACAGCUGUACACCUCGGAACUACUCUGUCAACCUGAGGGAGGAGCUGAGGGCCACCAACGCCGUGUUCUUCCCACGAUGCCUACUGGUGCAGCGCUGUGGGGGGAACUGUGCCUGUGGGACGGACAACUGGAACGGCUGUACCUGCAGCCCGGCCAAGACCAGUGACAAACUACACGAGCUGUACCUGUACCUGCAGCCCGGCCAAGACCAGUGA